UCAUUGCGUACGUUCUCUUUCGGUCUUCAUUUUUUAUUCACUGUGAUCGCCAACUUGAGUUGUAAAUAAUGCAUCCAUCUCAAGGCUUCUUAAUCUCUGGAUCUGGGAAGGGUGUGAACCAAUGAGAACGUAGUAGCUUAUAAAUAAACCCUUUGUCAAGUUGUGAAAUGUGAAUUACCUUCAAGUAUAUUUUUUUCCCACAAAUUCAAAAGAACUUGUUUAGCCAAUGGAGAUGGGUGGUUCAUCGAAUGCUCUUGAUGUUUCUACACCAACACAUGAUAUGAAAUUUAUGCAGGCAUCAAAUAUCAACGUCUCCAACUUUGUUUCAGUGAAGCUUUCCGGGGGCAACAACUAUAAGAUCUGGAAGGCCCAGAUGCUUUGCCUUAUAAAGAGUCAGGUGUUGCUUCACAUCAUUGAUGCUAACCAUCCUUUUCCGGUGGAUAAGGGUGUCCACAUGAUUGAGCAAUAUAAUGAACUUGUCAAAGGUUGGAUUUUUGGUUCUGUGAACGAAAAUGUGCUCAAGGAUUUGGUAGACUUGGGUACGGCACAAGAGGUGUGGAUGAAACUAGAAUCCCUCUUUAAUCUACCAGUAAGUGAUACAGAAGGUGUUCCAUCGAAUGUACUUGAUGUUUCUACACGAACAGAAGACUUGAGAUAUAUGCUGGCAUCAACUGUUGAUGUCUCCGACUUUGUUUCAGUGAAGCUUACCAACCACAACUAUGAUGUCUGGAAGAGUCAGAUUCUUAGCCUCAUAGAGAGUCACGAUUUGCUUCACAUCAUUCAUGCAAAAGCUCGUUUUCCAUGGGAUAAGGGUGACCCCAUGACUAAAACGUACGACAAGCUUGUCAGAGGUUGGAUUUUAGGAACUCUAACCAACCAUUUAUUCUUUCGAGGUUUCCAAGUCUACCGACCGGUACAAUUGUUGUGGAGGGGCUUAGAAUUAAGAUAUGCUGGUGGUGAUUUAGCAGACAAAACAGAUGACUUGAAAUACAUGCAGGCAUCCAAUAUUGACGUCUCCAACUUUGUAUCAGUGAAGCUUUCUGGCUGCAACAACUAUCAUAUUUGGAAGGAUCAGAUGCUUCACCUCCACUUUUGGCAGGGUGAAGAAUAUUUGAAUCCGUAUGAUGAUUAUGUAGCGAAACAAGAGUUGAAAUAUAUUAAGGCGUCAAAUGUUAAUGUCUCCAACUUUGUAUCAGUGAAGCUUUCUGGGCGCAACAACUAUGAAAUCUGGAAAGCUCAGAUGCUUUGCCUCAUAUGGAGUCAGGGGCUACAUCAGAUCACUAAGGACGGAGCUGGGGGUGGUGACAGCAUCACUAAAAAUUAUCACAACCUUGUCCAAGGCUGGAUUUUCAGUACUAUGAAUGACCAAGUGCUAGAAGAUUUUUGUGGCUACUCUGUCGACAUACCACAUAUAUGGAGUAAACUAAAAUCAAAAUUCGGAAAACCUCUUGAAACAAGGGAUGUCUAUGCAGAAACAGAAGAUUCAGUAGGAUUUAUAUUCAGAACAGGAUCCGCAUGAGAUAUUCCAGAAAUAGAAGACACGGACAACAGCAGACUAAAGAAAGAGUUAUACGAAGCUGCAGUUGACGGGUGUUGGUGGAAAGUAA